CAGGAGCAGAACUCAAGAACCCUAAUUCCGUUCGUUUUCCUUGUACCUCACAUCUGUUCGAGAAAACCCCAAGGCGAAAUGCUCUUGAAUCGCAUCCUUGUCAAACCCUACCGUCGCGGCUGCGAUGUCCUUCCGCUCCAGAAGCUCCUCCUUUCUACUGGGCACGUUGCGAUUGAAGCAGAUGAGGCAGCAGCGGCCAACGCCGACAGCAUCAAUACCGUCUUCCACAUCAUCAUCAACUCCUCCUCCAUCGAUUUGAUGGAAAGGUCUCUUAAGCAGUCAAAAGUCUUUAUUUCCAAUGAUCUCAUCGAUGGCGUCCUCAAAAGAUUUCGUUUCGGUCACGGGGACCCCUCCCGGGCUCUGGAGUUCUUCGAGCUUACCGGCAAACGCAAAGGGUUCUUCCACACCGGCUUCUCUUAUGACACCAUGCUCUAUAUCCUGGGUCGGAGCAGGCGAUUUGAGGACGCAUGGAACCUGCUUGUCGAGAUGCGGCAGAAAGAUCGAACCUUGAUCACCAUCCGCACCAUUCAAAUCGUCCUUGCGCGGAUUGCCAAGGUUUGUUCCGUCCAGCAGACGGUUGAGAGCUUCCGCAAGUUUCGUAGACUCUCCAUUGAGUUCGAUACCAAUUGUUUCAAUGCUCUUUUGAGGACCCUGUGCCAGGAGAAGAGCAUGGCCGAUGCCCGAAAUGUGUAUCAUAGCCUGAAACACGAUUUUCGGCCUAACAUUCAGACGUUUAACAUAUUGUUGUCAGGUUGGAAGUCAACUGAGGAGGCUGAAGGAUUCUUCAGGGAGAUGGCUGAGCUUGGGGUGAAGCCGGAUUUGGUUUCAUACAAUUGCAUGGUAGAUGUCUAUUGUAAGAACCGUGAUGUGGAGAAAGCAUAUAAGACGAUAGAUAAGAUGAGGGAAGAGGAGAUCUACCCUGAUGUGAUCACAUAUACUAGUUUGAUUGGUGGAUUAGGAUUGGUAGGUCAACCUGAUAAAGCUAAAGAUGUUCUAAAGGAAAUGAGAGAGUAUGGAUGUUACCCUGAUGUUGCUGCAUACAAUGCAUCUAUUCGAAAUUUCUGCAUUGCAAAAAGGCUUGAGAAUGCCUUUUCUUUGAUGACUGAGAUGACGGAGAGAGGUUUAUCUCCAAAUGCCACAAGCUAUAAUCUAUUCUUCAGAAUCUUCUAUUGGGCUAAUGACCUAGGGAAUUCCUGGAAGCUUUACAAGAGGAUGAAGAUAAAUGGAUGCUUGCCCAACACGCAGUCUUGCAUGUUUCUCAUAAGGUUAUGCCGCAGGCAGGAGAAUGUGGAGAUGGCUCUUGAGCUUUGGAAUGAUAUGGUGAAUCACGGUUUUGGUUCAUUCACGUUGGUCUCUGAUGUAUUGAUUGAUCUACUAUGCGACACAGGAAAAUUAGAUGAGGCUGAGCAGUGCUUCAUUCAGAUGGUUGAGAAAGGGCAGAAGCCAAGCAAUUUGUCCUUCCGAAGGAUUAAGGUUUUGAUGGAACUGACAAACAGGAAACAUUCUAUAAUGAAUCUAUCAAACAAGAUGGCCAUGUUCGAACAUAAAAUUCCACAUGGACUUGAAAGAAAUGAUGUGCCCAACCCCUGUUAAUUUAUGUGACUUAGGAUCUGUCACUUUGCACUCUGGUUAAAAGUUAUCAGUUACCUAGGAUCAAGCGUUGGAGAAGUAACCACUCAAUAUUUAGUGACAAUCACAAUUUGAAAGAAAAAUUACUUUUGAUACCUUAAUUAUUGAUCAGUGAAAUUCUUGAAAGUGUGAUGCAGUUAGGUACAGAGCUAUACUCGAUCUGAGGCUCCAACAUUCUUCCGAUCAUUUGAACUCUUGUACUAGGACAAUUUAUGCCAAUGUAAACAUGUUCAUGAAAGAAGAUGCUUCAA